AUGGAUGCCGCGCACAUUUUCCGCCAGGGGCUGGGCACCGUUGCUCCCCGUCAGAACCACGUCUAUCCUCAGCCUCGAAGCUUGCGGAAAACGAGAUGCGAUCCUACGCUGCCUCGCUGCCUCCCAUGCGAGAGAUCGGGAUCUGUAUGUGAAUAUCUCGACACCGCCAAGGGCCGCAAGAUCAAUCGCCGCUAUGUGAUUACACUACAAGACAAGGUCAGAGCUCUCGAGGCGGAACUGGGCCAGUACACCGAUGAGGAUGGCGACCAUCCUCCCACAAGCGAAGAAUUAGUCCGUCCAGGUGGCAUGAUCCGUUUAUACGGCAAUGACGAGACACCCCGAUAUUUGGGACCGACCAGCGGCAUCGCCAUGACACGGCUGCUCAUGGCCGAGGCCAAGCGGUUUACCGAUUCCAACAAGAUUUCUGACCUUAUCCCCGAAGUUCGAGCCAGGAGCCAAGCUCGAAUGCAAUCCAUCCAAAUGACGGGAUCGGCUAGUAACAGGAAGAAGAGUUAUCCCAUGGUCAGUGAAUGCCCAGCCGAGGGUCUUCCCACGCGGGCGGUGGCCGAUAGGCUGGUAGAAAUAUACUUCAAAAAGGCUCAACUUCACUGGCCUGUGCUCCACGAGAAGGUAUUCCAAGCAGACUUUGAGGCUGUCUAUAAUGGCGAUACAGAUGUGUACAAAAACUUUACUGUCCGCAUGGUUAUCGCCGUUAGCUUACAGAAAUUGGACACGCAAUAUGCUGGUUUGGCUGAUGGAUACUACAUGGCGGCAAUGAAAUACGUUGAAGACAUUAUUCGCCCCAAAGACCUCAAAACGCUGCAGUGUCUCAUUCUCAUCGGGCAGUACUCGCUGCUUACCCCGACGCGAACGCCCGUCUACUAUGUUAUUGGACUUGCCACCAGAAUUUGCCAGCAAGAAGGAUUGACGGAUGAAAAGACAAUUACUUCGGGUUACAACUUGGAUCCUCAGACCAUCGAUAUGCGCCGGAGGCUUGUAUGGAUAAUUACCACCAUGGAGUUUGGGCUUUCCUAUUAUAUGGGUCGUCCCAGUGCAUUUGCCGUCAAUAGCGAUCGUUUGGAUGUCGAGUUCUUUUCCGUCGUCGAUGAUGCAAACAUUACGCCUCAAGGGAUUGUGCCUGGCCCACCUAAUCCACGAAAGAUUGCAACCAUACACUUUUACAAAAUGACGAUCCCGCAGACCGAAAUUAAGAGGACCCUUUACGAAAGAAAGAGGCCAGAGCCCAGAAAUGACGAUCACCCAUGGUUCCACGAUAUGGAAAAGACGUUGAGGGAUUGGCUGGAUGCUGCACCAGAAGAACCUCCAUGGGCCAAGUCUUGGAUUUCUGGAUUUUAUCAUCAAAUGAGGGCUAUGCUAUAUAGGCCGUCCCCUCAAAUCCCGCAGCCAUCGGCUCGUGCAGCGCAGAUCUGUUAUGAAUCUUCUGCCGCCACGAUCGAUCUGGCGCAGAAGCAAAUAGGGACCGAUAAUGUGGAUAUCACUUGGGUGUUCCUCCUGACACUAAACCUGGCUCUCAGCACACUCCUAUGGACGAUAUCGUACCCCGAAGUCCGACGCAACCACCCUCGGGAGGAGGUCGAGGAGCUGGUCAACACAGCAUUAGAGUGUCUGGACCGAUGUGCAGAGCGUUGGCCCGGGACCACAGCCACUUCACAGCUCUACACCAUAUUUUCCAAAGCAUGCAUGCAGAGCUACGACGUACAAGUGAAACUUGAAAAGGAACCAUUUUCUUUUAGUAGCCCACCCGCAACAAGCGAGUCUCACUCCUCUCCCGAAGGCUACGCUCAGUCAAACGCUACUACUCCCCGGCCUCUGCCCUACCUCAACCCUCCGACGUUUGGGUACGUCUUUGACUCGUCCCCUGAGUCUAUGAACAAUUACGUUUUCGAUCCCAACUACCCUCCUCCGCAACCAACUUUCCGCUCAAACUCAAUCUUCUGCAACCCGGCCACAGACAAUGGCAAUCGACGAUUCUCCUACUUCCCCCCGGACGUCACUCACAUGGGAGAGGCUGGCGGCCUGGAGGAUCCUUCUCAUGGGAUCCCUGUACCGGACCAUAUCCCCCAUCAGUUGCAGUCACCACCUGAUUCAUUCAUUCAAUCCAAUAUACCGACCUCUAGACCAGGCUUAUCGCCUUCAGCAAUGGCGAUAAAGCAGACAUCGGGCGUCACACCAGUUUCGCCGUCGCCCCUUUCAGCGCAGAGCAACAUGUCACCGCCUCAAAAACCCAUCAUUGCGCAGCAGGUGACGCAGCCACAGCCAACAUACGCGGCCGCACGGAUGGCACAGCCAGUUCACCACCAGCGACCGCUACCACCAGCACCAACGUCCGCAUCGGACUGGUUCGCCCCCCAGUCGCAAUUCAUGUCGCCGUACAACUUCGUCACUUCGGGCGGCGGCUACUUCAACGAGGCCAUGGCGGGCAUGAGCGGGUUCGGAGGAUCGCCGGGGCCUGGCCUGGGGCUUCACAACAUCACUGCACAACUCGAGGCCGGCGGCAUGCAGUUUGGCUAUUCGCCCGGCAGGCAAGGCAGCCUAUCCCAGUCGCAGCAGCUGGAGCUCAUGGAGGACUUGGAGAAGGACGGCGUUAGUGCCAUGGAUGCGUACCUGCAGGACAACCCGAUGAAUGGGAGGUGGUACUGA